GCGGUCGGCGCUAUCGGCGGCGGCGGCCUCUCCAACGACGAAGGCGCGGGCGCCUGGGGACCAGCGUCGGCCUCCUUCGCCGUCAGACGCCGCGAAAGACAGCCGUCGGGCGGGAAGCGGCUAUCCGCAGCAGGCGAUGCCCUAUCAGCAGCAACAGGGCCUGACGCCGACGCUGGUACUAGCAGUGCUGUCGUCCGCCGUGGGAUCCGCCUUCCAACAUGGCUACCACCUGGGUGUCGUCAACUCACCGCAAGAGGUGCUGGAGUCGUUCAUCAACGAAACGUUGGCGGAACGCUUUGGCGAGCCGACGCCGCGCAGCGCGGUGACGCUGGUGUUCAGCGUGUUCGUGGCCGUGUUCUGCGUCGGGGGCAUGCUGGGCGGUCUACUCACCGCAGUCGUGGCCGACCGGUUCGGCCGCAAGGGCGGGCUCAUGCUCAACAGCGGCCUGGUGUUCGCCGCUGCCGCGCUGCUCACGCUGGCCAGAGGAGCCGCGUCCUGCGAGCUACUCGUCGUUGGACGCCUGGUCGCGGGAGUGAAUGCCGGUCUCACAGCGGGGCUGGCUCCGAUGUACCUGACAGAGAUAUCGCCUGUGCGGUACCGGGGCGCGGCUGGCACCAUCUACCAGCUCGUGCUCACUCUGUCCAUCCUGCUGGCACAGCUGCUCGGUAUCCCCCAGAUUCUGGGAAACGACGAGCUGUGGCCGUACUUGUUCGCGCUCACCGUGGUGCCGUCAGUGCUGAUGGUGGUGUCGCUGCCUUUCUGCCCGGAGUCGCCCAAGUACCUGCUGCUUGUGCGGGGCAGGCCCAAGCAAGCCGAGGAGGCGCUUAUCCGGCUCCGUGGUACACGUGACGUAGACAAAGAGAUGGCCGUCAUGAAGAACGAAGCCGAGGCCGCCGAAUUCGUGCCCAAGGUAACUUUGCCAGAGAUGAUUCGCAACGCUGCGCUUCGAGCACCGCUUAUCGUCUCAUUAAUGGUCAUGUUGGCCCAGCAGCUAUCGGGAAUCAACGCGGCCAUCUUCUUCUCGACGGACAUCUUCAAGACGGCGGGCCUGUCCGCUGAAGGGGCCUUGCGUGCCACUCUCGGCCUAGGCUUGGUCAACGUUCUCAUGACGCUGGUCUCCAUGGUCAUCGUAGAACGUGCGGGCCGCCGGACACUGCUGCUCACGGGUCUCGCCGGCAUGGCACUCUGUACCAUCGUACUCACCGUCACGCUGGCCCUCAAGGAACACGCUACGUGGGUGUCCUACAUCAGCAUCGCGGGUCUUGCCAUGUUCGUCAUCGCAUUCGCUGUUGGUCCAGGCUCGAUACCGUGGUUCCUGGUGACGGAGUUGUUCGGCCAGGGCGCCCGUCCCAUUGCUACCAGCUUGGCGGUGGCCGUCAACUGGGCGGCCAAUUUCAUCGUGGGGCUCGCCUUCCUACCACUCAUGGAGGAGAUCGAGCACUUCACUUUCCUGAUCUUUACGCUGGUGCUGGUGUUCUUCUGGGUCUUCAUCUACAAGAAGCUACCGGAGACGAAGAACAAGAGCAUCGAGGCCAUCACCAAUGUUUUCCGGGCGCGAGUCUACCAGGAAGACGUGGCCCUGAGCAAGCUCAACGGACGAGCGUGAACUCCAGGCUCAGUGGUUUCUGCAGAUUGGUGCACGAGUCGAUGCCAUGGGUCUUCGGGCAAGGCCUGAGCGCAGGACACUGGUCUCAGCACAGUUCCCGCGAGGUGCGCGUUCAAUUGAAUGGGCUGUCGUGAAACUAAAGGCUGCGACGAAAAGGGAGACAGCUGCUUAAGGCGCUAUCGCACUAUGAGGAUGCGGCUUCGACACCGACCAAUCAGUAUUGUGGACGAUCGGUAGACUGGUCAGUGACGUUGUCGCCGGACCGGCUUGUCACAAUUAGUUACCAUCAACGCUAGCACGACCAACAAUCUGAAAUAUCGCCGGCUGACACCUUUCAUUUCGAAGACGCUACGAAAACGAACUUAUCGAUGAACUAACUCUUGGUAAACCGACCACUAUAGGCGUGCCUUGAAACCGCACCUUGUAUUUUUUAGUAUUUUCUUUACUUUUCGCACUCGCGUUUCGAUCUACAAAGUCACGAUACGUUUCUUUUAUUAGCAGGAGCAUUUAUUGCAGCACGGCUCGAGCAAUGCGUGCUCACGCCAUGUCACGAAAUGAGUAACUGCGGGGCAACGAGUAGAGGCUAACGGCAUGACCGAUCGGAGCUGGGUUCACAUUGCGACGAGCGGUCUUGCGGGCACCUCGCAGGACUCCAGAACACGCGACCCGCCCAGCCCUCGUACACGACCCAUUAGGCGUUCGGUCGACUCAACGUUUCUGUAUUGCGUUUCUACCCUCCCACCCUCACCCCGCGUCCUACACCGUCACAGUGCGGCCCGCAAGAGCUUGUCCGUGCGUGUGCUCCCCGAAGUUUGACGCGAGUUCGAGAACCCCGAGUUAGCGUUAAAAAAAAAAAAAGAAGAAAAGGUCUGCCGACCACCGGCUCAAGUGGACUCUUACAGGAUUCAGCGACAAGUAUUCGCUACUGUUGGUGUUAGUGCAAUGCGACAUGGCAGACGACGUCACGAUAACACGUUGCUGGCAGAAACAGUCGGCUGACUGUUCGUGCAGUGUGACAGCGGCUUUAUAGAGAACGCAGCACUGCAAAGACAGACCUGCAAUCGUUUUUUCCCGAACGACAUAUUUCCGGAGCGUCUGGGCUGAAGUCCCCGGCCGGUCCAAAUCAUCUUAGCAAUCAGCGGGAGCUGAACGCUUCUGCCUCUUCACCGAUCGACGCGCGGACACAGACGAAAGGCACAUGGCCAGCGUUCGGCGCAUCCGCAUCUUCGUCCAUGACCAGGACAUUAUUUGACAGUGUUGUGAGAGCUUUCGGACUGCAACGCGUGUUCGUUUCUAUUACAUCACUCGUGGUGGCUCGACAAGUAUGUACAUCGAAGAAGCAGCGCACUUGAAGGCGACAAGAAGAGGCAUUAGAUGUUUAGUGAGAGCCGGAAAGGGUACAGAUGACAGAUGACAAUUAUAACACACGACCCUGCACCCUUAGUUGCACAAAAUACUGGAUCACGAUCCCUCGAUGCAACGUGAAAGCCAUACAUAUAGCUUAUGGUGGACCUUUGCUUUCGAAGGACGGGGAGGAGAUGGAAAUAGCGAGUUGUAAGCAGAACUUAUGUUAUGUUCUAUAACACCACCCCGUUUUUCUAGUUAUUUUAGGAGUGUUAUACUUGAUGCUGUAUGAACGUCGACAAGGUGACGAUGGCACUAGUAAAACAAUAAAACGCCGAUUAAAAUGUCCGAGAACUAUUGCAAACAUCUGCCCACGCUAUACAGCUCCCUACUUAAGCACAAGCCUUGCCUCGGAUGUUGGAUUAGCGGUAAAUUAUUUUCCUGGCAAUGUAAAAAAGAAAAUAACCAAGCAUUUUCAACAAGAAAAUCCGGCAAUAAUUGUAAUGCAGGGGUGUAGAAACUCCGCAGGCUAAACUGCUUGUACACCGUUUUCUUCCCCCUUAACUUUUUGAAAGGUCGUUUCCUCAAGUGCGCUGCUAUUACGAUCUUGUGUGAAUGAAAUGAUUUCCUUGUCUGUUUUUAUGUUUUUAUUUUAAAUUCCGCCCGAGCAGCUAUUGAAAAUUAGCACCCUAAUCUUUUGGUCUUUCUUCAGCAGCACCGGCUUCGACUGACCGAGGUCGCGUUGCAAAUAGUUUGUCCUUUUGAGUUUUCAGGUUGGUAGUUUAAGUCAAGACUUGAGGGAUGUCAUGAAAGUAUAUUCACCUUAUAAAGUGAAUACCUUAUCUAAGCGCCCUAGACGCGUAUCUGAGUAAGAGGUUAGAUUAGCGUAUUAUUUAAUUUCGCUUCACGGGUCUUUCACAUAAACAGUUUACACUGUGCGGAAAUUCAGCCCUGCGGAAAUCUGCAUGGUGAAGGAAGCUCUAGAAAAAGGAAAACAUUGUCUGCCGCCCGGCAGUAGAUUCGUAAUUCAGUAGCCUAGUAGCUUGUCUAGCACUUAUCGCUCAGUAACAGUAGCGUCUUGCUAGUAUUGGGUUGACGACAAUCUUUCUCUUUCGCUAGUUUACACUUUGUUUCGUUUCAUUUUUCUGCAACGAUGAAGAAAGCAACAGCGUAAGUCGAAGCCCUGUCAUUAUUGCGAUUUCCGUAUCUGCUUUCACGUAGCCGAUGCACUCUUUUUACAACGUACUAAAGAUCAGGGCGUGUAAAAGCUUACUUUUAUUAUCAGCAAGCCAUAUAUACCCCUAUCUCAAGCAUAGGUACUAACAUUCAACGUUCUAGAAGUGGCAGUUUUGUGCAUUACGCUUCUCUUUAAAGUGCCGGUCAUAUUAGAUCAAAAUUGCAAGCUUGGAAACGUUGUAUUCUUUAGUUGGACGGCAUGGAAAGAAAUAAGGCAAUAAGGAGAUUGCGAUACCAAGUGCUUCUAUAUCCUUAAGCAAAAUGAUUUUUCGCCUGCUUACUAUGAAGAUAAAAGAAUGGAAUGUUCAAUGAAACGAAAAUAACAAAUCGCAGAAUGGGUAAGUAGCUUUUGCGAAGAAUUAUCACCCCAGGCUACUUCCUAAACACACCGCCUCAAGCUUAGUGCUCAGCGAGUAUGUUGCAUCCAAAUAAUAAACUUUUGCGCAAAGCUUCUUUGAAAAACUGCGCUUGUUCGCCACGAUGUAGGCAGCACAAACGCUGCUCUUGCAGAUGAACAACCACGGACAUAGUCACUUCACCGGAUCCAAUGUUUCGUGCAUGAGGCAGUAAUUCGUAGGGAAACUUAUGACGCACGUAACAUGCACGUCGAUGACAUGCAUGUGAAGCGCAAGUGUAAGUCUGUUAUUCUGUUGACACUUUUUCUUUCUUUCAUGAAUUCACAUUCAACAUUCAAAAUGCGUGAAUGUUAUACAGGAGUAAGAAGUACAAAGAAGUGCCUCAGCUGGCUUAGGCAUCUUAGGCCGCUGGCAUAUUUCCUACUAUUUUUGUACAAUAAUUGACAAGAAAAAUAAACAUGUGUGUCGUA